AUGGCACUUUCUUUUUUUAAUGUCUGGACUGGACUGCAUGUUCAAGAUGGUGCAGUAACUGAUCAGAGACCUAAAUACCAGGGGCUUACUCAUGCCUUCAAAACAAUAUACAGACAGGAUGGGAUACUAGGCCUCUAUAGGGGUUCCAGUGCUAAUGUGGUCGGAGCUGGUCUUUCUUGGGGAUUUUACUUCUUUUUCUAUAAUGCAUUCAAGUUUCAAGCUCAAGAUGGCGACCUCAAGCGGCAGCUUAGCCCAUUAAUGCACAUGCUCCUAGCAUCAUGUGCUGGCGUCCUAACACUAAGUCUAACCAAUCCCAUUUGGGUCAUAAAGACCAGGUUGUGUCUACCAGAUACAGAGAGUGUUCCCUCUCACAUGAGAUACAAAGGACUCAGAG